ACAGCAGGGGAGGACUGAAGCCUGGGAUCUAUGAGCCGAAAGUGGCGGCGGGCAGCUGAUCUUUGGAUUUUAUUGUUUUGUGUUGUCGGUCGAGGCGGCUUCCGGAGCCCCGGGAAUUUGCUGUGGAGUUGUGCUCGGGAGGGUGGUCAGUGCGGGUACACAGAUACCCCUGGCCCGAACCGGACCAGCUCUCCACCGCGGAGAAGACUUCGGGCGAAGCCGGGGAUGGAGUGAGGGUCGGGCUGGGCCCCCGAAUCGCCGACACUCGGCUGUGGCCCGAUGGCUGCGGUGAAUUAUUCUCCUCCCUGGUGGGUGACCCUCCUGCACCGUCUCCCCCAUCUCAACAUCCAACUGGAGACGGUCAGCAGCGAGUUCCAGCCUGAAGACAGGCAGUACCAGGAGUCACUUUUGCUGUUGGGUGGAGUUGCGCUGGUCUGCCUUUCCCUCAACCUCCUUUUCCUUCUCUUCUAUUCCUUUUGGCUGUGUUGUCGGAGGAAGAAUGAAGAUCAGCCAAAUGCAGACUGCUGCUGUACAGCAUGGUGCGUCAUCAUUGCAACACUUGUGUGCAGCGCGGGAAUAGCUGUUGGUUUCUAUGGUAAUGGUGAGACCAGUGAUGGAAUUUUCAGACUUGCCUACUCGAUGAGACAUGCGAACCGCACUAUAACAGGAAUUGAUUACCUCGUUUCUGAGAGUACUCAUGAUCUGAAUCGGACGGUAGAUGGAAGCCUAAAUACCUUGGAGGAUUUGUUUACAAAGGAACCACGAUAUUUGGAGAGAGUGCAGAAGUCAAAAAGUCUGCUUGGAAACCUUGUUAGACAGCUAACUGGAAUUCCAUUUUGGGAGAAGAAUGCUGUAUCUCUGGAAGAGCUGGCUGUCUUUGUUGAGUUGUAUGACUAUUACAGAUGGUUGGGAUAUCUUGGCCUGCUACUUUUUGAUGUUCUUAUCUGUCUGCUGGUGCUGUUUGGAUUAAUCCGAAACUCAAAGGGAAUCCUCAUUUGUGCGGCACUGCUGGGAGUGCUGACCUUAAUUAUCAGCUGGAGUUCACUUGGUCUGGAACUGGCAGUGUCAGUGGGUUCCAGUGACUUCUGUGUGUCUCCUGAAGCAUAUAUCUCCAAAAUGGCGGAUGAACAUGGUCUUAUUGCUAAAGAGGUUUUAAAUUACUACCUGGUAUGCAACGUUGGAUACCCAAACCCCUUUCAACAGAAACUCUCUAGCAGCCAUAAAGCCCUAGUGGAGAUACAGGACCACAUAUCGGAGCUUCUAAAGUCGGCUGUGCGCGAGUUUUCAUCCUCUCGUGAGUAUCUGGACCGAACUCAAAUAGAAUUGAAUUCAACAGAGACCACUCUGCAACAGUUGACAGCUUUGGUUGAUUGCCGUAGUCUUCACAUGGAUUAUGUGCAGGCACUGACAGGACUGUGCUAUGAUGGUGUGGAGGGCCUAAUUUAUUUGGUUUUAUUCUCCUUUGUAACUGCACUGAUGCUAAGUUCAAUUGUCUGCAGUGUUCCUCAUACCUGGAAGCAGAGCAAGAGUCAUGUUGAUGAUGAUGGCGACGAGGAUAUUGUGAGCCCACAAGGAAACCGCCAGCAACAUGACAACCUGUACAGAGUUCACAUGCCCAGCCUGUACAGCUGUGGGAGUAGUUUUGGUAGUGAGACCAGUAUUCCUGCUGCAGCACAUACGGUCAGCAAUGCCCCUGUUACAGAAUACAUGAGCCAGAACACAACUUACCAGAAUCCCCGUUGUGAGAACACACCUCUGAUUGGCAGAGAAUCUCCUCCUCCCUCUUACUCGAACAGCAUGAGAGCCAAAUACCUCGCCACAAACAGGCCUGAAACCAACAGCAUCCACUAAGACUUGAGGAGAAAAGGAAAAAACUGGAACUUCCGCAUGUCCAAUGCCACUAAUACAGUUUUACUAACUUAAUGAGAACAGCACUAUUCUAUCAGUUGUACAGCAAAAGUAGAUUAGUGGUUACUAGGAAUGAAUAAUUUUGCCAAACUAAAUUGUGGUAAGACUGCAUAGAAGAUGUGUACCAUCAGAUUUGUAGAUGCUGCACAACCUUAUCAGUCCCAAUAUUGCAUUUUACAUCAUUCCAGUUUGCUUCAAUUUAAGGUUCUCUCAUUUCUAUAUUGCAACAGGGAUGCCAGGGUAUAUAGGUGCACCAGUCUAUCACCAUGAACAAAACCACGAUAAAAUGUGUCAGGUUGUUUUCACAUUGUAAUAAUUGUAAAGCGCACCAUUCGCUGUAGAUCAAUAAACAAUAAUUCAGAACAAGACAAUGUUUUUAUUUAUCUGGAUAAGUUCACAAGAGGAUAUGCCAACAUAUUAACAGAAGCAAUGAUGAUAUUAUUUGUUUGUGAUUGCCAAAAGUGCAAAGUAUUGUGGCGUCCCUAAGAUUUUGAAAGAGGAAUGUGGAGAGACAUUACAGAAUUAAUGGUGAAGCCUGUGGUCUUUUAGGUUCAAUGUGGUUGUAAUAUUACUUCUAACCACUUUUAAGUUGAAAUAAUGGGGAUGAUACCUGUGAAGAGGGUAUUUAUUACCACAGGGAGUUGUGCAAAAUAUUGGGAAAAUGCACUAAAUCACCUCUGAAAGCCAGCAAAAUGUAGGUCACUGAUCAGUAAUCAACAUGGCUAAUCUGAUUUUUGUUAUCACUGAAAAUGCAUGUCUUCUGGAUUAGAAACUGUUUCUAAUCUUUGAAAAAAAUCAGAUCAAAAAAUUUCCCGUCCUGGCAAGUGCAUGUUUUCAGUAUUUCUUGAUAAGUAUUUUAAUCUGUUGCACAUAAGAUCCUUCAGUACUCUUUUUUUUAAUUUUGUUUUUUUUAAUUUUUAAACAGUAGACGCAGUACCUAUAGUUUAGCUACUGUUUUUAUUAGUUGUAUUUAAGGUGCAAUUUCUUGUGCUUUAACUUGCACAGUCAUUUUUUAUACAUCAGUUUAUCUGAUUUUAAUUGGCUCAAAGUUGUACAUUGCUGGAAACAUAUCAAUGUAUCUAACCACAUGAGGAUGAAGCAUCCUUGCAGAUUAUAGAAUAGCUGCAUUUCCUCUAAGUCUCAGUUUUGUGGAAUAUUACAAGGUUUAAGUAGUACUGUAUGAUAACAAGAAUUGAAUUAUUUACUUUUACUGGAUAAAUUAUAGCCUUUAAAACUUUUUCCUCACUACUUAUUGCAGUCUUGGGGGUGGAAAAAGAGUAACCACAAGCCUGAAUCAUGACAAUCCACCGUUCGGUGAUUCUGCUGAUGUUUAACGAUGGUGCUGUUUAACAAUCUAAUCAGCUGCUUAAAGAACACAAUGUGGCAGUUCUGUCAUUCAGAUUCAGAAUGAAACAUUCCAACUUUGAUUUUGUGUAGUGUCAAAAGGAAUUAAAAUGCUCAAAUUUUAAGUAAGAAUUCUAACUUCUGGAAGAUUCUUUCAGAAAAAUAAAUCACUUUCUACUUCAAUGUUCUUGACAGCUGAGCAAUAACAUGUCACAGAUUUCACUUAAACCUGAAUGAAACAUUCCAAAUGUCUAACUUCUGAACCAACUCUAUGUUUAAUAUGUUCUUGUGCAAAGUAUUCAAAAUGUGAAUUAAUUUUAAUGAUACCACAGCUGCAGGAAGAUUUGGUUUUUCUCCUAACAUUUAGAUAUUAAAUCUAAAGAGUAAUCUAUACUUGGAGACUAUAGUGCUGCUGUUAGAUUUCCAGAAUCUCGUGGAUUAAAUUCUGAGAAAAAAAAACAAAUUAGGAACACUUAUUGUGUAUGCCAGAAUGAAUAAUUUGAAUGUUGAUAUUUUAAAAUCCUUUUUUGGGAAGAAUUGUUCGAUAACCUGCAACAAAUUUAACCAUGUUUAACCACUUGAUACCCAGUUCUAUUACUUUUUGUUUGCAGUCUUGAUCAUGCUAACCAAAGUGGAGCAUUUCUAAUGUAGAUUUGAAACAUCUAGUGAUUUGUUAUCCACCAAAGUGAAAUCUGGAAUUGAAAUUCAUGAAAUUUGUCCAAGUAAUUGAAGUACAAACAUUAGUUUUCACUGCUGUAAAUCUUGUGUUUUACAUCAUCAUCUGCUUUGGUUUCCAUAGUCUUCCCUCCAGUUCUAUGAUGAGGCAUUGCUUUGCCCAGCUACCACCAACCAAUGUUCUCCUAUGUAGGUCUCUGCCUUGCAGUCUGAUUCAGCUUUUCAGAAACUGAAUGGUUAUGCACAAACGUUUGCUACAACACUGACACUUGUCCUGAAUUAGAGUGACGCACCCUCAAAUUGUGCUUCAAAAAAUAAACUGAGCCACAUUCUGCGGCAGCAAGAUAUAGUUCUUCACUAUAAAAGCAAUGUCUAAAUUUCACUAUUGAUAAAUAUAAAACAAAACUCACAGGAAAUGUAUUAGUUGUAUAUUACUUGGAAGUUGGGGAAGGGAAUUAUGAAGAAUGAGCUUGAAUUCGGUGUAUACUGGGAUUUAUAAAGUUUUCUUUUUGUUUUGGAAAUUUUGUCCAUUGAGCAACAUACUGGACAGGUUUUCCACUUCAUUCAGCUGAGCCUGACUUGUUCUCUGCAGGAUAAUCAAGAGAAGAUUGGUGUAUUCAACUGCAAGAAUGCACUUGUUCUUGACCAUUUUCAGAAGCACAAUCUCGCUUUAAUUCUGUGAAACGUGGGUUUCCACAGUUUAUCUUUUUACACCUUGGAAAGCACAUAUCAACCAUGCAACCUUGAAAAUGUGAAUGCUGGAGACACUUGGGUGUAAACAUUGACCAUCAACCUGGACCUUGUGGUGAUUGUAAGAUAUUUGCUGUGAAUUUCCUAAGCAUUGCAGGUUUAACCUUGUAGUGCCAUACUCUUUAUGUAGUACUUAAUGUGUAUUCUUGCUAGCAUGGGGACUCAAGUUCUGAUAGAUGUUUGAAUUUCCAACCAGCAUUUCAUUUUGCCAAGUUCAAUUUCAAAUGAACAUGUUAAUUUGUGACUGUGGCUAAUUGAAAUUUCGAACAAAAUUCAUAAGAUAUGUGGCUGUUUGCCCUGCAUUUAAAUAUAUUUUGUCACUAACUAACUGUACAAAAAUGAGUGGAAAAUAAUAGGUUUGCUAGUAAAAGGAUCUAUUUUCAAAAGGCCUUAAGGUUGACUGCUGAUACGAGAUUGGAAUUGGUGUAGCCAAAGAAGGCUUGGGUUAUUUGAUAUUGGCUUUGUUUUUACAAGGUUGCAGAGUGACAUGAUGUGCCUUUAUUGGGUGAUGUUUUUGCUCACUAGUUACAUUGAAUGUGAAACCUGCCAUUACAGCAAUGAUGGAAUUGUUACAUUUAGUACAAAGUGAUGAUUGCACAGAAGUUGAUUGAUUUUUAAGCUUAAGCGUAAAAGCUUUGUCCCAGUGCAGCCACAGUUCAGCCCAUUCAAUUUUUCCUGCAUUUCCCCUGUCCAGCAAUACUCAUUUGUUUACACUAAACUUUCUUUUUAAAAGAGGCUUAUUUUUAUUUCAAUCUAGCUCUUUAGUUUCAUUUAGUUCCAACAAAAAAAUUUAUCUGGAAUUUUCUUUCACACAUUGGUGAAUUACAUCUGAAAUGAUUGGAAAAUGCUGGUGGGUGAAACUUAACAAUUUGAGUCCUGUAUAAUCGAUUUAGUUACAUUGUGAAUCAGAGUUACUCUGUUGUAUUAGUGUGACAAUCCUUAAAUGUUUUAAUAGAAAUUUUAUCAUUUGUAGAAAGGUAUAUCUGUGAAUGAAUAUCUUGUGCACGAACAAUGGGGCAUUGAUUGGUGAAAUGUAAUUUGCCUUUUAAUGCAAUUUUUUAACCAUUUCAGAUUAUUUGUUGUGUAACAUACAGCUUUAACUUUUACUUAAUAUGUAACUUAAAACCAGUAAUUGUAGUAUUUAGCACUAGUGUAGUUUUGUGGAGCCUGUUUUUAAAACAGCAUUUUCAUUUAAGAGAAAUGAUUGAAUGAUCCUGUGUACUAUUGCUCUUUUUAUUAUUUUUGCUAAAAAUUGCUCCAGCUCUUAAUAGAUUUAUAACAUUUAAAAAAAAAUGAAAUCUUUUCUUUCCAAUGAGUAAAAUGUUGUAAAUGUCAAACCUGUGGUUUUCAUGAGCUUGACCUCAAUGUUUUCAAAAUUAAAACUAAUAAAGUUUGUUGGACUUGCCA